AUCACCAAGCCAUUACAGGCUUCAGAGGAAGCUGUUUAUAUGACUCUGGCGCUAAUUAGGCUCAUGAACUAACAAAUCUCUAACACAACUGGCUGGGAACCGAUCGCAUCCAUGGAUUGUCUGGAGACGUCGACUACUUUUUUUAGUUGACAAGUCGCGGUUUUGUCUUCUUUUCAAGGGGUUUCAAAGGGCUGCGUCCACCAUUUUAAAGUUAUUUAUUGUUGUAAGAACUUCACUUUAGUGUGUGGAGUAUUUCUGAGCGGGAACCCCAGCACGGCUUUCACUAAACUGGAGAAUAUUGACUGGUUUCACUAUGUUUCAACCCACACCGAAGAGGUGUUUUACUAUAGAAUCAUUGGUGGCAAAGGAUAAUCCUUUGCCGUCGUCGAGAUCCGAGGAGCCCAUACGACCAGCGGCUCUCAGUUACGCAAACUCGAGUCAGAUAAACCCUUUUUUAAACGGCUUUCACUCCGGCGGCCGGGGCGUCUACUCGAAUCCGGACCUGGUAUUUACUGAAGCGGUUUCCCAUCCUCCAAACUCCGCUGUCUCAGUUCAUCCCGUUCCUCCUCCACAUGCUUUAGCAGCACAUCCGCUUUCAUCUUCGCAUGGCCCGCAUCCUCUUUUUGCCAGCCAGCAAAGGGAUCCCUCAACUUUCUAUCCGUGGUUGAUACAUAGAUACAGAUAUUUGGGUCACAGAUUCCAAGGCAAUGAAACGAGUCCGGAAAGCUUUCUCUUGCACAACGCAUUGGCCAGAAAACCCAAAAGAAUUCGCACAGCGUUCUCUCCAUCACAGCUCUUGCGACUCGAACACGCCUUUGAAAAAAACCAUUACGUGGUCGGUGCUGAACGAAAACAGCUUGCGCACAGCCUUAGCCUCACAGAAACUCAGGUGAAAGUUUGGUUCCAGAAUAGAAGAACUAAAUUCAAACGACAGAAACUGGAGGAGGAGGGUUCGGAUUCACAGCAGAAAAAGAAGGGAACGCAUCAUAUUAACCGAUGGAGACUGGCAACUAAACAAGGGAGCCCGGAGGAAAUUGAUGUCACAUCAGACGAUUGAGAGACUUUAAAUAUUUGAAUCCGGGACAGCAGCGUGGCGUAAAGGAUGACACGGAUAAGGAUUCUGUGAGAAAGAAACUGAAAGAGGGUAAAGGCAAUGUUCACCUUUCGCUUUUCGGAGAUUGGCAGCUUGAGUGUUUGAGAUGUAAUUGGUGACUGUCAUUGCUACGAAACUGUUAAUAGCCUAUUCUACUUUGCAAGGGCAAGGUGUUCGAGAGGUAGCCUAGGCUAUCGCAUUCUCCCUCCCCAGCAUCAAUGACCACUAUUCCACAACACAAAACAUAGCUCCAGUUGGCCGUAAACAUUUGCAAUAGGAAUGUUCAUGGCCUGUAUGCACACAAAGACUAAGUUCCAACACCAAAAUACCAAAAUACUUUUUUGUAAAACUUGAAUUGCAUGGUAGACGAAAGUAUUUUGGUAGAUAAUUUAACUUGACACUUUCUUUCCAUAAACAGAUCUUUGCUUUUACAAAUUUUCAUUUCAAAGAUGUUGUUUCUUCCUUAUUUUAAAUGUGACGUCUUGAAUUUUGAUCCUCGUGUUAAAGUGAUUGUGAGACGAAGUAGCAGUGCUGAAUUAGUGUUGUCAAGAUGUAACGGAUGAACUAAAUUUAAGGUUUACUAUCUCACAGAUAAAGUUACCUAGCCUACAAUUAACCAAUCCAGGACAUUCCUUUAACCGAAAGAUUGAUUGAAUGUGUGCAGAAUCUCCGAGCGUAAUGGUAGCAAAAAUUGCCACAUAAGAGCUGAAAUAAGAACGCCUGGGCAGUAAAACUAAAGCACUGAGCAUAAUCCGUGUAUAAAGACACUAAGAAUAAUGUUUCUGUUGAAUCUUAUUUUAGCAGAAUGUAAAUAAUUUGUGUUUGUGUUAUAUUUGCUACAAUUUUAUCAAAGACUAUACUUCCAAGAAGUAUGUAAUUGUCAAUAUUUUGUCAAUAAAGUUUUAUCAGUAUGAUU